CCACAAUACUGCUUCCUCUAUAUGAACAGUUCUAAAGAGAACAAAUGGAAAUCUUCUUCCUGUUACAGCGUGUGACACACUGACCAACUGCUCAACUGUUCGUUUUCUUUGUUAGUAAGUCUAUUCCUCUCCACUCUGGCAUAAUGGAUAGGUUGUAUCUGCUGCUACUGGUGUGCUUACAGUCAUUCUGGCCUCACUGCCAACCACUGGACCAAGCAUCGCUGCGGUUCAUUGGGCUGGGGGACUGGGGAGGACUCCCGCUCUUCCCUUACUACACCCCUCAUGAGGAGGCCAUCGCUGAGGAGAUGUCCUGGGCGGCCCAGACCCUGGGACUGGACUUUGUCCUCAGUCUGGGAGACCACUUCUACUAUGGCGGAGUGAAGGACGUGGAUGACCCACGCUUCAAGCACACCUUCGAGCGUGUCUUCUCUCAACCAUCACUCGUUGACGUCCCAUGGUACCUUGUGGCGGGAAACCACGACCAUCUAAAAAAUGUGUCUGCUCAGAUUGCUUACUCCAACAGAUCGGGGAGAUGGAGGUUCCCUGAGUUGUACUAUGAGCUCCAGUUCAAGGUUCCCCAGAGUAACGUGUCUGUGACCGUCCUGAUGGUUGACACCGUAGUGCUUUGUGGGAACACCUAUGAGGGGACCCAGCCCAAAGGAGAAGAGGACCCGAAGGCUGCUGCCAAGCAGUUCGACUGGAUCAACUCCAGACUGGCAAACAGCAAGUCAGAGUUCAUUGUGGUAGCUGGUCACUAUCCUGUCUGGUCCAUUGGUGAUCACGGCCCCACUAAGUGUCUUGUGGAUAGACUACGGCCACUGCUGAAGAAGUAUGAUGUCACAGUCUACCUGAGUGGUCAUGACCACAGUAUACAGUUUAUCAGAGAGGAUGAUGGGAGUUCUUAUGUGGUCAGCGGGAGUGGGGCCUUUACAGAAAUGUCCAUUCAUAACAUCAACAGCUUCCCGACUUCAUGGCAACGGUUCUCCAACGCUGUCAACCAUACAUCCGGUGGGUUUGCUUACUUUGAAGUCACAGAGAACAAUAUGACUGUCAGCUACAUCCAGACUGAUGGGAAAUGUGUUUACCAAACAGGACUGGCAAAACGCAAAGUCUGACACAGGCAAUGGCAUCACGAGAUAGUGAACAAUCAACUACUGCAGGCCUAAUAUGCUGACUGUUUCUAAGAGCAUACUGUAUCUUUAAGCAGUUUACAAAACUGAAAACAUCUUAUUCUAGUUCAAUUAAUCUUUUAACUCUGUUUUCUUUUGGUUAAUAAUUGUCUUGGACUGUAACCAAAAAAAAUGAAUAUGAUUUUCUCUGAAUUGCAAUUCUAAUAUAAUUUUAAUGUUUUGAA